GCCGGAAGUCGGAGCGGGUCCCCGCCGCCGGGGUCCCCAGGAGCUGUUUGCUGGUCGCAUCGCUCAGUGCAGGGCUUCGGCGGCGCGUGCCCCGAUGCUGAGCCCACAGCUUCUGGUGCUCUUCGGCAGCCAGACAGGCACAGCCCAGGAUGUGUCGGAGAGGCUGGGCCGCGAGGCCCGGCGCCGGCAGCUCUGCUGCCGGGUGCAGGCCCUGGACUCCUACCCCGUGGUGAAUCUGAUUAAUGAGCCCCUGGUGAUAUUUGUUUGUGCAACUACAGGCCAAGGAGAUCCCCCGGACAACAUGAAGGGCUUCUGGAAGUUCAUAUUCCGGAGAAACCUGCCGUCGACCUCCCUCUGUCAGAUGGACUUUGCCGUCCUGGGCCUUGGGGAUUCCUCUUACGCCAAGUUUAACUUUGUGGCCAAGAAGCUGCACCGCCGGCUGCUGCAGCUGGGGGGCAGCGCCCUCCUGCCCGUGUGUCUGGGCGAUGACCAGCACGAGCUGGGGCCUGAUGCCACCAUCGACCCCUGGCUACGCGACCUGUGGGAGAAGGUACUGGGGCCGCAUGCUGUGCCCCUCGACCUUGGUGUGACCACGCCCGCAGUCCCCUGGCCCUCCAGGUUCACCCUGCAGCUCCUUCGGGAGGCCCCCAGGAGGUGCUCGGAGGAGCUGAGCGUGGCCGGGACAGACCCUCAGGGACUGCCUUCAGAGCUGCAGCCCUUCCUGGCACCCAUGGUCACCAACCAGAGGGUCACCGGCCCCUCACACUUUCAGGAUGUCCGCCUGAUUGAGUUCGACAUCUCGGGCUCCGGGAUCAGCUUUGCAGCAGGUGACGUGGUGCUGAUCCAGCCCGAGAACGCGGCCAGCCGCGUCCAGCAGUUCUGCCAGCUGCUGGGCCUGGACCCCGACCAGCACUUCACGCUGCAGCCCCAGGAGCCAGGUGUCCCUUGCCCAGAGCGGCUGCCCCAGCCCUGCUCCGUGCGGCGCCUCGUGUCCCAGUAUCUGGAUAUCUCCAGCGUGCCCCGCCGCUCCUUCUUUGAGCUCCUGGCCUGCCUCUCCCCGCACGAGCUGGAGCGGGACAAGCUGCUGGAGCUCAGCUCUGCCCGAGGCCAGGAGGAGCUGUGCGAGUACUGCACGCGGCCCCGCAGGACCAUCCUGGAGGUGCUGUGCGACUUCCCACACACGGCCAGCGCCGUGCCCCCUGCCUACCUGUUCGACCUCAUCCCCCCGAUCCGGCCGCGGGCCUUCUCCAUCGCGUCCUCCCUGCUGGCUCACCCUGAGAGGCUGCAGAUCCUCGUGGCCGUGGUGCAGUACCGGACACGCCUCAAGGAGCCCCGCCGGGGCCUCUGCUCCUCCUGGCUGGCGUCUCUGGACCCCGGGCAAGGACCCGUCCAGGUGCCCCUGUGGGUGCGUUCCGGGGGCCUGAAGUUCCCAGAGACACGAGACACGCCCGUGAUCCUGGUGGGGCCCGGCACGGGCGUGGCCCCCUUCCGAGCAGCCAUCCAGGAGCGCGUGGCCCGGGGUCAGAUUGCGGGACCAGGACUUCUACUGGGAGGCAGAGUGGAAGGAGCUGCAGGAGCGGGGCUGCCUGACUCUCAUCACAGCCUUCUCCCGGGAGCAGGUGGCUGUGCGGCGGCCGGGAGGGCGGCGGGGAGGGCGGCCGGGGACGCAGACUCCUCCCACCCACCCCUGCUGCGUCCUCCCCGCAGGAGCAGAAGGUAUACGUGCAGCACCGGAUCCGUGAGCAGGGGCCACUGGUGUGGGAGCUGCUGGAACGCCGGGGCGCCCACUUCUACCUGGCGGGCAACGCCAAGUACAUGCCGGCCGGCGUGUCGGACGCCCUGACCUCCGUCUUCCAGGAGGAGGGUGGGCUCUCCAGCCCCGAGGCGGCCGCCUACCUUGCCAGGCUCCAGCGGACGCUGCGUUUCCAGACUGAGACGUGGGCCUGAGGCGCCGUCGUGCUGGUGGCCGCAGCCACUCUGACCACUGUCCUCCGGGGGCCGUUGCUACCUCCCGCCCUCAUGCCAGCGGGAGGACAGGCAGCUCUCCGGCAGCCCGCCCGCCCGCACUCCAGCUGACUCCCAUCCCACCCGCGCCCCGGCCCUGCGGCCCACCCCCACCACGAGGGCUCCAGGCUCCUGCUGGCCCCGCUCGGGUCCCGGUCAGGCUGGGGCCUGGGCUGCACACACCUUCCUGGCCUGGCUCCAGGAAAGUCUCAGCAAUAAAUGAUGUGCUCUGA